CGGACAUUCGGCUGGGUUUGCUCGUUGGAGCAGCACAACUUUUCCAAUUUAACCCAAAAUUCAAAGUACAUUAAACAAAAACAAUGGGUAGAUUACUGGAAGUGAUUGCAUUUGCAGUCGUGUUUCUGACAGUUGUUGUCGCCGCAAAGAAGAAGGGAAUGCUGGAGAUUGUAACCACACAUAUACCUGAACCUUGCCCAGAAAGAGCUGAAGUUGGUGAUGAGGUUGCAGUCCAUUAUAUAGGCAAGUUAGAGUCAGGAAUGGUCUUUGACCUAUCCCGACUCCCGGACAACUCCAAGGAGCCUCUCAGAUUCCAGCUCGGAAAAAAUAAAGUCAUCAAAGGAUGGGAUGAAGGCAUUAAAGGAAUGUGUCUAGGAGAGCAGCGUAAGCUGAUCAUCCCAUCGCAUCUUGGAUAUGGCAAGGAGGGUCAUGCAAACAUCCCACCCGACUCAACUCUAAUAUUUGACGUGGAACUGAUGGAUAUUAGGAAGCCCUCUGCAUUCUCCUCAAUGUCAAGGUCACUCCCGUUCCUAGUUGGACCUGGUAUUGUAAUCAUCUUAGGCAUGUACCUUUGGAAUAAGGCCAGCUCCGACUCCUGUCAGCAGGCCAAAUCUAAAAAAUUACAGAAGAAGAGGAAAAAAUAACUCCACGUUAUUAGUAGGGGUUGUUUAUUUACUACGCUUUCAUUCUUUUAAAAGUGUACCAAAUUAUCCGCUUUUUCGAGAGUUUCAUUCCUUUACCACCCUCCCCCUCACGUCUAGCCCAGAGCCUAGCCCUAGCCUCACGUCUAGCCUAAAGGCAUAAAGGCUUUAGACCAUGCGUCCUUUGUUUAAAUGCAAGCCGCCUUCUAUUGAAGUCUGUCUGCCAGUGUGCGCACGCAUCAUUUUUUGCAAACAGUUGGUCAAAGAGUGGCAUCAGAUGCCACAUAGUUAAAAUGCGAUAUGAGCCUUGACGUCACUAAUAAUGGCAAGAUUUCACAGUGACGCCAUAGGGCAUCAACAUUUUAUCAUCUGAAAUUUUUUUUUUUAAAUUUUGUGUCUAUUUGGGUUUUUGUCAACUCAAAAGUGACGUGUGAUGAAACAACAUAUUUGUAAAACUAUCAAGUGCAACAUUCCAGGUGCCACCUCACUUUAUUUUAGAGCUUUCAGACGAAAUGCCCUUACCAUCUUAAAACCAAAACCUUCACAACCCUUACAACUUGUACACUUUUUAAA